AUUAUCCUAAUUAAAAUAUGUAAUUAAGAUAACAUAUAACCAUGAUGCCUAUAUAUAUCAUCGAAGAAAACUUUGAAAAAGCAAAUAAAAUCCAAAUUCACCUCUUCUCUCCUUGACGAUCCUCCCCUUUUCUUGUUCGGGGCUUAUCGUUGUGAGAUCGGCCUAAAGUUUUGAUUUUUAAGACGAUUAUCAGCUGUGAUAAAUGGAGCACAAUGAAACAGGAUGCCAGGCCCCUCGCGAAGGACCUAUUUUGUGCAUUAAUAAUUGUGGCUUCUUUGGAAGUGCAGCAACCAUGAAUAUGUGCUCCAAGUGCCACAAGGACAUGAUUUUUAAACAAGAGCAAGCUAAGCUUGCUGCAACAUCCAUUGAAAACUUUGUUAAUGGAUCAUCAAGUAGCUGUGAGAAAGACUCUGUUGCUGCAGACACCAUUCAUAUGCAAAUUGAUUUACCUGGGGCAAAGGUCAUCUCGGUGCCAUCACCAAAUGUUUCAUCAGGCUCCGGUGAGAGUGACGAGAGAAAUGCGAAAGAAGGCCCUCGUCGCUGCAGUACUUGCAAAAAACGAGUUGGAUUAACUGGAUUUAAAUGUCGUUGUGGUAACCUUUACUGUGGAUCACACCGCUAUUCGGACAAACAUGAGUGCUCCUUUGAUUAUCAGACUGCUGCACGUGAGGCAAUAGCCAAGGCUAAUCCUGUUGUUAAGGCGGAAAAGCUUGAUAAAAUUUGAAGCUAGUAAGAAAUCCGCAAGUUAUUAUAAAUGUUUUUAUGUUCUCCAAGGGAUAUUUCUUGGAGGAAUCCCGUAUCAGAUGUCCUCUUAUAAUGUCUAUUUGCUGUGAGGAAAGGUUUCUUAGACAUGACCGUCUACAAAUUGAAAACCUUUUUAUGUUAUUGUGAUUGAGGAGUUGCUGGUUUUUGUAAUUGAAGUCUCUUUCUAGCUUU